AUGGCUGGGAGGGAAGUCGUCGUCGUGAUCGACAGUGCGCCGAGGGCGCAGCGCAAUGUCUGGAUGGGGGAUUGGAGGACGUGGGUGCCGUUCUACUUCCCGCGCAGCUUUCGCGGCGACUUCGGCUGGUCCCCCGACUUGAUGAGCGCGAAGAGGGCUCUCCUCGCCGAGGUGUCGACCUUGCGCGCCGCGUUCGGCCCUAACGACACGGCGAAGCUCGUGCUCCACGGCGACCGCGGGGACAAAUUCGAGGAGAGCUUCCGCCUCAACGAGGACCCGCAGUUGGCAAGAUGCGACCGCGAGAAGCAGCGCAUCGCGAUCGAGCGCGGCAACUACGAGGACGACGACCAGCUGAAGCGCGCCAACCAGCUCGCGAUCGGUCGCGACGGCAAGGGGGACGACGGCCAAACGAAGUGGGAGAGCUACGACGAGUCCAAGUGGGUCGAUUACGACGACCAGAGGGUUAACGAGAGCUCCCGCGAGACGGACAAGUCCUACGAGACCGUCGGGUGCGGGUUCAUGCGCAAGUAG